AUGUCUCGCGCCGCUAAAGCCAUAGGGCCGUCGAGCUCGUUCCGUGACGUGACAUUGCUCGAGACGCCUCUCCUUAAGGACCACCCUAACAGCGGCUCGCAGACUGCACCGCGGCGCCAGAACUCAGUGGGCCCCACCGUCCGCAUUCUCCGCUUCGGGUUCGGCCAGAGCCGGGAGCAGUCAUGGCUUUCACAGCUCAACCCCUUCGCGCCCCUCCGCUUUUCCGCGUCGCUCGCCGGCACGUGGCGGCUGGUGCGCGACGCUGUGCCGUGCCUGGAUUGGCUGCUGUCGUACGACGUGCGGCGCGACCUGAAAGGCGACAUGGUGGCGGGGCUGUCGGUGGGGUUCAUGAUCAUCCCGCAAGGCAUGGCGUACGCGCGCGUCGCGGGCCUGCCGUCCAUAUACGGUCUCUACACCGGCUUCGUGCCGUGCCUUGUCUAUAGCAUAUUCGGCAGCUCGCGGCAGCUGGCGCUGGGUCCCACGUCGCUCGUGUCGCUGCUGGUGAACGAAGCCAUCAAUCCCCACCCACCCUUUCCCGCAAACCCCCUCCCCAUUUCCCGCCUCCCACUCAUGCUCCCCCGCCGCUGGCGCAUCAGGCAGAUGGCGGACCCCGACUCGCACGACCCCGCGGAGCAGCGCCUCUACCUGGGCCUCACGCUGCUCCUCUCGCUCAUGCUCGGCGCGCUGCAGCUGCUGGCUGGCCUCCUCCGCCUGGGCUGGGUCGUGCGCUUCCUCUCACACGCGGUGGUCUCCGGCUUCAGCAGCGGCGCGGCCAUAAUGCUGGGGCUCAUGCAGAUGCGCUACUUCUUAGGUUACACCACGCGCCACGAGACCAUGCACAUGAUACUCUAUGACAUCUUCGUCAAUCUCAAGACCACGCACGUGCCGUCGCUUGUCAUGGGGGUGCUGGCGCUCGCCUUCCUGCUCAUCAUGAAGCACCUGGGCAAGCGUCACAAGCGCCUGCGCAUCCUGCGAACCCUCGGCCCCAUCCUGGCAGCAGCCAUGGGCACGGCGGCCAUCUACCUGCUGCGCAACCCCUGGCACACCCGCCACCUGGGCAAGCGGCACAAGCGGCUGCGCAUUCUCCGCACGAUGGGUCCCAUCCUGGCAGCAGCCAUGGGCACGGCGACCAUAUACCUGCUGCGCAACCCCUGGCACAUCCGCGUCACGGGCCUCGUGCCCUCGGGGCUCCCCGCAGCCUUCUCCGCGUUCCCCUGGGCGCGCUGGCGCGACCUCGUGUCGCCCGCGCUGGUGAUCGCGAGUGCGGCGUAUCUGGAGACCAUUGCGAUUGCCAAGACGCUGGCUGCUAAGAAUGGCUACUCCGUUGACGCCAACCAGGAGCUCGUUGCUCUAGGCCUGGCGAACACAGUGGGGUCGUGCUUCCAGGCGUUCCCCACGGGCGGCAGCUUCUCGCGGUCGGCAGUGAGUGACGACUGUGGCGCCGCCACCGGCAUGGCGGGCGUGGUGUCCGUGCUGCUCGUGCUGCUCACCCUCAUGUUCCUCACGCCUCUCUUCCAGUUCCUGCCCCUGCCUGUGCUCGGAGCCAUCCUGGUGUCAUCGGUGUGUGGGCUGGUGGACUACGAGGAGGCGGCGUUUCUCCUGCGAGUGGAUCCCAAGGACUUUGUCGUGUGGAUGCUCGCCUUCUGCGGCACGCUCUUCUUCGGCAUCCAGACAUGGUUGACGGUGGCGGUGGUGAUAUCACUCGGCUUUGAGAUGAACGAGUCGGCCAUCGGGCAUUGUGAGGAGCGUUGCUCUUAUCAACCCCCACUCUCGCCCUUCCUCCCUCCACUUUGUUUUCCCCCCAACCCCUUUGCCAAACAGACGGGGGUGAUGGUGGCGGUGGUGAUAUCCCUCGGCUUCGUCAUAAAUGAGUCGGCAAACGCGCAGUGUGAGGAGCUGGGGCGGCUGCCUGGCACCACAGUGUACCGCACAGUGCAGCAGUACCCUGAUGCCAAGGUCACCCCUGGGAUUGCCGUCAUCAAAUGCCACUCCCACCUGUACUUUGCGAAUGUGAGCAACCUGCGGGACGUGCUAAGGCGCUACGAGGGGCUCACCAGCAGAACGCCCCUUCCCGCCCCCACCCCCGCCACCACCCCCACACGCUCCUCCCCCACUGCCACCGCCGUCGCCACACCUGCCGCCAGCACCCGCAACAGCACCCCCAGCCCUGCCCGAUCCUCCACCAGUCCUAGCAGCCUGGCUCGGCGAGCCAGCGACGGGAGCUUAGACGGCCGCACCAGCAGCUUCAGGAGCGGUGGGAGCAGCAGGGGUGGGGGAGGGGGGAGCGGGAGCAGUGGGGGAAGCGGAGAUUGUGACGUGGAGGAGGGAGCGGGGGCAGGCGAGGCACUGGUGUCACCAGUAGAAUCGUCGGCAAGGGAACAGCAGGGGGGGAGAGGAGCUGCGGCAAAAGGAAGAGCAUUGGGUGCGACGAACGUGCCUAUAGAGUACGUGAUUAUAGACAUGACGUCAGUACAUGCAGUGGACUCAGCAGCGUGCCAUGCGUUGAGAGAGAUCUGCCUGGAGUACCAGGCGAGGGGGGUGCGCCUGGCCCUUGCCAACCCCAGUGAUGCAGUCAUGCAGAGACUCACACGGGCGGGGAUCCCAGACCUGAUUGGGCGGCAGUGGUUCUUUGUGCGGAUCUUUGAUGCCGUGCAGCUCUGCAAGGCUGACAUGGCGUGUCGCCACGCUGCGGCCUCUGGUGCGCUGCCACCUGGCGGGUUCAUGGUUGCUGACGUGGAGCAGCAGAGGGUGGGGCAGCAGCGGCAGCAUCAGCAGCAGCAGCAGCAAGAGCAGCGGAGGGUCAUGGUGCGGCCGCGUUCGUUUUCAGAGGACGUCAGGGUUGCUGCUCGGCCUGCACAGGCAGAUGGGCGGGUGGACAGAGGUGUGCGCGCUGGCGGAAGGGACAGACAGGGUGACGGACAGGGCCAGGUGGCAGGGGGAGGGAGGGGGCGGACAGUGACGUGGGGCGUGCAGGGGACAAGAGCACAGGGGGCUACAGAGAGAAGCAGUGGGGAUGGGGCGGGUGGGGUGGGGGUGGGUAUUGGAUCAGUGGUUGGGUCAGCAGCAGUGAGGGCGAGGGGGUCAGAGGGCAGUGGCAGGGAGGGGAGCAUGGCAGGGUGGCCGGAGGAGGAUGAGUUUCCUGGCAGCCCCGACUACGGCAUUGUCAUGCCUGCUGGGGGCAUUGCUGCUGCCGCUGCCUCCAGUGCAGCUGCUGGGCUGGCAGAGGCAGGGGCAGGUGAUGGGGAAGGGGAAGGCCCGUCAGGCGUGGGUGUGGCAUCACCUGAGUUUCCCCCUCUGGAUGGGUUUGACGUGCAGGCGUUUUCAGCGCCUGAGGUGAUGCAGUCAGAGUAUGUGCUGGCGGAUGCGGAGGAGGAAGAGUCGGAGUGGGUGAGAAUACGACGGGAUAGGAAGAGGAGGCAGAGACGUGCAACGGCUAGGCCGGAUGAUGAGCGGGAGAGCACAGGGCAAGAAGAGGCUGAUGAAGAUGGCCGUCCUACUUGCCCUGUGUGCCAUGGCUUUCUGCCUUUGGCUGAUGCCACACCACUCUACUGCAGGUUAGGUGCAGCAUCGUGGCCCUGCCACCCACACGCAGUAUUCACGAGUUUAGGGCUUUGGUCGUUGGAAUUCGCGUUUGAGUUUAUCGUCGCUAGUGCAUGGAUGACGGAAUCCGCUCUUUGCCUGCCUCGCAUGUCCCCCCAUCACCACCGUGCCGCACACUACGGCGACCCGGCUUCCUCGCAUUACGCCCGUUCGUCGCAGUCGCCAGGGCAAUCGCUGCCGCAUUCUGAUUCGUCGCCUUUGUCGCACGUCCAUCGUCGUUCUCAUGUCGCCUCCCCCGCCGCUUCGCCCGUCGCGCCUCUCUUGCUGGAUUCGUCUCAAUCCUCCCCAAUGCUCGAGUCGUCUACCGCUUUUUACGAUACCUUAUCAGUAGCCUGGCCUCAUCAAGCGCGUCCCGAAUCCGAGCCGCUCCCCUCCGGCGCGCAGAUGAUCGGGGUCGAGGCGCCCCGACAUCAGAUGAUCGGCAAGCGCCGAAUGCGGGGGAACAGCGCGCCUCGCGUGGUGAUUCUGCCGCCCAUGAAGCAAAUCAAGAUUGAACCGGCGCGCAUCGUCAGCGUCGACGUGCCUGGCGGGAAGGCUCUUGUGGGGGAGGUGAUAUCCGGGCCGGAUGCUGCCGCCAUUGACGUGUCAGUUCCUGGUUGGUCCGCCGCCGUGCCCCAGUCGCCGUUCAGCCCGUUCCCUCCGCCACCGCACGAAGCACCGCUCCCCGCGCCCACCGCAUCCUCCGCCCCUGUUCCGCCGUGCGCCCCCCCUGCGCCUGUUUCCGCCGCCGCCUCCCCCCACCGCUGCCCUCCGCCAAGCUUUCAGGAGCUCGCGGCGCGCACCCCCCGUUACAAGGGCGUCCGGCAGCGCAAGUGGGGGCGGUGGGUGUCGGAGAUCCGCGAACCACGGCGCCGAUCACGCAUCUGGCUUGGUUCAUACUCGAGCGCGGAAGAGGCGGCGCGCGUGUACGACAUGGCGGCGCGGAUGCUGCGAGGCGACGCGGCGGGGAGUCUCAACUUCCCCGACAGCCACCAGGACGUGCCGCUGCCGCCCGCCAUCGCCGAGUCGCUCGUCCGCGUGUGUCAGGAGGUUGCGGAGGACGCGGCUCGCGCGGAAGGAGGCGGAGGAAUGGGAGGGAACGCAGAGCAAAGGUCCCUCCGUGCGGAAGCUCUAUCGUCCGAUUCGUCGCCAGAGGAGGAGUCGGACAGUAAUCCGACGGCCGUGCAGGCAGCAAGCAGCUGCGGCGCGGGUAGCGUGUUUUGCGCGCGCUCCGUCCCCACCGCCGAGAUCUCCAGCCACGUGUCGCCGCACUCUCUCGCCUCCGCCACCCGUCCCGCCCCCUCCGCCGUGUUUCGCGCUUCCGCUGCGAAUGUGUCCCCAACAAGCUUUCCCCCGCCCAGCGCACGGCCGUUCUCCGCUCCUCGCUUUCCCCCCAUGGUGGAAAUCCCGCCGCAAAAGGCGCCUCCAGACGUGAUCGUGCUCCCCGACUCGCCAGCAGCAGAGACGGCGGAGGUUGAGGAUCGAGCUGAUGGCGACGCUGCAACGCGCGGAUCGCGCAUGACCCCCGCGGCCUGCACCGCUCGCCCGCACAGCGUACACGUGAGCAGCAGCGGUGGCUCCACGGAUGACCCCCCCGCCGCUCCUCCUGCGCCCCGCCCUUCACCUCUUCCCUCCACUUCCGCGGCCAACCCUACCGCCACUACCGUCACACCUGGCCCUCACACUGCUGCUGCUGCGCCUACACCGGGUGUGCUUGCUGCUGCAGCGAGUGUGGCCGCAGCAGUGGGUGUGCCUGCGAGCGCGUCCCCCAGUGCGCGUACCCCCACGGCCGCAGUGCACGCGCUGGCGCAGCUGCUCUCCUCCCUCGCUGCCCUCGGCUCCGCGCUCUCCCUGCCGCCGCCUGCCCUCGCGCCAAACAACAGCAGCACUGCCCAUGUGCUUGGGCACGACGGUCAGGCGCCAGGCAGCAGCAUCCAUGCAGGAGGGGACAAUUUUCAGGUGCCAGGAAGCAGCGUUCAGGGCCCCGAAAACAACAGCAGCCUUCUGGGCGCAGCAGCAGCGCGGGAGCAGCUGAUGCGCAUCCUGCAGUCACCCCUGUUACAGUCACACCGCACGCUUGCUGCUGGCGGGCAGGGGGGGCAUGAGGGACAUGCGGAGCAGCAGCGGCAACAGCAGCAACCGCCAUUCCAGUUCCUGCCUCCCAGUGCUGCUGCCAGCAACAUAGCUGCGAGUGACGUGGUUGUUGGGAACACGCAGGUGCCUCCGCCUGCUUCCGCACGGCCCACAUCUCCCCCACCACCACUCCAGGGCUCCGUUCCUGCUGGCCUGCUCUGCACGUCCCAUCCUUCUCCCCCUCCCCACAACAUGCCUGCUGCUGCUUCCCUGCUGUCAGCCUCACCUCCCCCUCCCCAGCCUCCCUUGGUUGUACCCCCUGCGUCCCCCCAGCCCCCCUGCUCUCCGCCCCCUGCGCCCCCCCAGCCCCCCUGCACUGCGCCCCCGGCGUCCCCCAGCCCAUACAGCAGCGCCUUCGACUUCGAGCCGCUGCUGCUGCUGGCAGGCGACGAGGGGGAGGGGGGGGAGGGGCAGAGAGGGGAGGCUGCAGCUGGGGAAGGCGUAACUGCACUGGAGUACGGGCAGGGAGAGGGGGGAGAGGAAGGGGAGGAGAGGAGUGUGCAUGCGGCCAUGGCUGCUGCGGCAGCGGCUGCAGUGGAGGCGAGUGAGCAUCACGGGCAGGGAGGGGGCAUGGACCGGGCAGUGUCAGCCACAGCAGAGCAGUUCCACAUGUGGCAGCAGCAGCUGUGGGAGCUGUAG